GUUAAUAAUUCUUAAAGUUAGGUAAGAAUGAUGGUUAAGGUUAGAGUAAGAGUAGGGCUUAAGGUUAGGAUUUAGGGUAUGGACGUCCCAAGGCUCCCAGAUAGCACUAGCAAACCUGGCACUGCUACGCGGAAGUAAGUGGAUGAAUGCAAAAUAGUCACCAGCACUCCGGAAUUCAAGGGAAUAUAAACGUAAAAAGCAGUAUGCGGGCUGUGUCUGUGCUAGUGUUCCUGGCCGUGGGUGUGAUGGUGGUGUUGAUGUACCAGGCGGUCCGCCAGGAGCUGACUCUGCGGGGUCUUAAAGCCCGCGCUCUGGAGAGCUCCUCUCAGGUAAAGCAGAAGGAGAACGACAUCGUCCAGGUCAAGAUGAAGAUCCAGAAGCUGAAUGGUGAGCUGGAGCCCAUCAACACCAAGAGAGAGGAGCUGACUAAGAAGAAGGAGCAGUCUGCUAAAGCCACAGGCGAGGCGGACAAGAGUCUAAAGACCUGUCAUACAGAGAAGGCCGAUGCGGAGAAAAAGAAGACUGAGGCGUCGGCGGCCCUUCAGAAAGUUAAAGAUGAUCAAGAAGCACAGAAGAAGAAAGCUCAGGAGGAGAUCCAGGCGUUGAAACAGCAGAUUCUGGAGCGGGACAAGGCACUGUGUGCCUUUGUGGACCAGACCAAUGAGGAAGGACGGAAGCUGUGUGGAAUCACAGAGGCCCCAAAAUGAAUACUUGGGCAACACUAUCAGCCUCCAUCCCUCCCUCCCUCUCUCCUUCCCUCCCUCCCUCUCUCCUUCCCUCCCUCAUGCUUGCCGUGAUGCACACACACCCAUACACAUCAUCGUUGUGCAGCUCAUAACAUUCCCCACCUACAACCACCUUCGCUUCACUGUACCUUUCAAUACUCAGGAAAAUAAAAAACAAGAAGGGUUUGGAAAACCCAGUCUGAAUGUCAUGUCUUCAUUACAUACAGUACACUGUUAGUUUAUGUAUGCAGGUAAGGAAGGGAGACAUUACAUUUUUUAAUUAGUGAGUUUCAUCCUAUGGUACAGUACAUUAAUGUAGGAACGACUGAAAGAGGUUAGGGCUAAUUCCCUCAGAUGUAGCAAGGUGUCUCUGAGGUGACUUCUGAAUGUUGCAAAGGUUCUAGAGAAGAGUUCUAGAGAAGAGUUCUAAAGAAGUGUGCAGGUGCAUGCCCAUCUGGUUCAAUUGUCUAUUAGAUAUGUAUUAUGCAUAGAUGUAUGAUUGACCAUUAUAGUGCAUAGAUCUAUGAUUGACCUUUAUAGUGCAUAGAUGUAUUAUUGGCCUUUAUAGUGCAUAGAUGUAUGAUUGACCAUUAUAGUGCAUAGAUGUAUUAUUGGCCUUUAUAGUGCAUAGAUGUAUGAUUGACCAUUAUAGUGCAUAGAUGUAUUAUUGGCCUUUAUAGUGCAUAGAUGUAUGAUUGACCAUUAUAGUGCAUAGAUGUAUGAUUGACCAUUAUAGUGCAUAGAUCUAUGAUUGACCUUUAUAGUGCAUAGAUGUAUUAUUGGCCUUUAUAGUGCAUAGAUGUAUGAUUGACCAUUAUAGUGCAUAGAUCUAUGAUUGACCUUUAUAGUGCAUAGAUGUAUGAUUGGCCUUUAUAGUGCAUAGACCUAUGAUUGACCUUUAUAGUGCAUAGACCUAUGAUUGACCUUUAUAGUGGCAAAGUCACUGUCUUUGUAUUGACUCCAAGCCUCUCUGUCUGAUAUUUUAGAGAACAUUUGGUACUGUCUGAUUAGAAUAGGAAGGUUCUGUCUCCAAGAGCCCCGUUGGACAUUUUCUAUGCUUCUGUUCUGGAGGUGUCUCCCUGAAUGAUUGUAUUAAACUGGAUCGAUCUGAUUGAUAUUA